AUGGCCCUCCCGACUCCCGAAGCGCUUACGUUGGCGGCAAACGUAUUCCACGCCGACGUGGACGCAUGGCUUCCCACCUCAUUUGGAGUUACGCGGACAGAGAAGGAGAAAGAGGCCGAAUGGGCCUCGGCGCGCGCGUUCGGUUCCCUCAGAGGUGCCGACCGGUUAGGACUAGGCCACCCCGACGCCCAAGACCCCGAGGCGAGGCGAGCGGCUCAGGUUUCUCGGGCGGGGGGAGAUAUUCUUAAAAAGGCGUUGAAGCGCAAAGCGGAGGAGGGAACACCAACCCCGAUCCCUUCAAGUUUGAGUGGGAGAGACGAUGACGACGACGAGAGCCGGUCCCGCGCAGUGGCGAGCAAGAAACGCAAGACAGCCGACGCCUUCAAGUCCAAAACCGCCGUGCACCCUCUGCUUAAUCUCAAGAACCCGAUUCCGGGGUACAAUGCGCCGGCUGAGGCCAAGAAGGCCGUCGUCAAGGAGAAGAUGGUGGAGGUGGACGAUACUGUGAACGAGGCUGCGGCGCUCGCUGCCAGUCUCAGUACGGGUAGCGCGACUAUGCGCGUUGUGGGCAAGAGCGCGCCGUCGUCGAUGUCGGGGCCUGGAUCGCCAGCAGACAAGACGUCACCGAGCUCGCCAAAGACCAACACUGCCUCCGCUGCCUCGGUGGCCGGCUCCAUCCUCACAUCCGAGACGAGCGACACAUCCCAGCCGCAGCCCCAGAGCAAGGCUGCGUUGAGGCGGGAGAAGCGCAAGGCUGCCAAGGCGCGCAAGGCCGCGCUCUAG